AAAUACACAAAGCCAAAAGGCUGCCUCGUAUCCUCGUUAUCUUCUCCCACUGAUUCCCACGGGUUUCACAAGAUUUCUCUCCCCCAAAAAAAGCUCUCUUUUUUAUCUCUCUUUCUCUCUCUCGACCGAGCCCCCUUUUUCGUCACUCAGCAAGGUACGAUCAUCGGCUUCCAGCUUGCCUCUCGAUUCUUCGUCCGCUUGCGAACUUGUACUUCGGUUCGAUUACUCAAGAGGUCGAAUGGCUAAGAGUUACUUCAAGCAAGAGCAUGAUCUUGAGAAGAGGCGGGCGGAGGCUGCCAGGAUAAGGGAGAAGUACCCAGAUAGAAUUCCGGUGAUUGUGGAGAAGGCUGAGAGAAGUGAUAUCCCGAACAUUGACAAGAAGAAGUAUCUUGUUCCUGCUGACCUGACAGUCGGACAGUUUGUAUAUGUCAUCCGCAAAAGGAUCAAGUUGAGUGCAGAGAAGGCAAUCUUCAUCUUUGUGGACAAUGUUCUCCCACCAACAGGGGCAAUCAUGUCUGCGAUAUAUGAAGAUAAGAAGGAUGAAGAUGGGUUUCUCUACGUCACUUACAGCGGAGAAAACACAUUCGGGCUUGGGUGUUAGAUUUCAAUAGCUAUCUUAGCAGGUGGCUUAUUCCACUCGUUCUCCAGUGCUAUUUACUUUUGUCAUUUCACUGCAUGGGUUUAUGAAGAAUUUCAUGGCAAGUAGUAUUAUGUACAUCUUGUAUAUAAGCUCCGACUGUCAGUUUCACAAGAAAAGUUCCUGCUUGGUCCUUUCGAUGCUGGCGAAUCUUUUUAGAUGGAGUUCAAUAUCUUAUGAUUUUAUGA